AACCAAAAAAAAAACGAAAAAAAAAAAUCAAAACUUUUUAAUUCAAAGAAACGAAAAACGGCUGCCUAAUACUUUCGAAUUUUUUAAAUUAAAAUCUAUUUUCUAUAAAUGUCUAAGAUACUAACUUUUAUAACGAAUUUUAGUUUAAUUAAAAGAACAAUAUUAAAUAAUAAUUAUAAAACGUCCUCCUCCUUUCUACAGAAAUUUAUGAGUACAAAUGAUAAUAAAAAAACAGCAAGUAAUAUGACGAAUUUAUCAAAUGUUUUCCACCAAUUUGAAAAAAUGGAUAAUGUUCCUGAUGAAAUAUUUAAAGGAUAUAAGGAUCGAUAUAAUGGUAUAACUAUUAAUAGUAAAGAUUAUAAUAAUGGAGAUAUUGAUUUUGCCAAAAAAUUACAAGAUUCUUUAAAAUAUUGGAGUGAAAAUUGUUUUCGAACAAUAUGGUUUAAUAUUGAAACUGAAAAAUCAGAUUGGGUGCCACAUUUAGUUAAGAAUGGCUUCGAUUAUCAUCAUGCAAAACAAGGUUAUGUGUUGAUGUUUAAAUGGUUGCCAUCUGAACCAGAUAAUUUACCUAAAUAUGCACAUACAAUGUUAGGUGUUGGUGGAUUAGUUAUUAAUAAAAAUAAUGAAGUUCUUGUUGUACGUGAAAAGCAUGCAAUUGUUGCAAAUUUUUGGAAAUUACCAGGUGGUUAUGUUGAACCAGGUGAAAAUUUAGUUGAUGCUGUUAUUCGUGAAGUAAAGGAAGAAACUCAAAUUGAAACAAAAUUUUUAUCAGUAGUGAGUUUAAGACAUGCACAUGGUGCAGCAUUUGAUUGUUCUGAUAUAUAUACUGUAAUUGCUUUAGAACCAAUCAGCGAUAAUAUUAUUCCAGCAAAAUGUAAUCGAGAAAUAGCUGAAGUAAAAUGGAUUUCUGCAGAGGAUUUUUUAAAUAAUGAUCGUAUCAAUAAAGGAAAUCGUUUACAUUUACAAGUAUACCUAGAAAAUAAAGCUAAAGGUAUUGUUUUUGAUUGUGAAGAUCAAAUACAUCAAACAUUGAAAAAAGAAUAUAAAGUUUAUUAUGUUAAACAUGUUAAUGAAAGCAAUAAUAAAAUAAUUGAAAAUAAGAAAGAUUAACAAGCUCAAUUUUGUUGAUUAUAUAUUAAAAAUACCGUCAAAUUAUUUUCAAUAAAAUUAAACAUUUUUUGAUAUAAACUCAUAUUUUACAA